AGACCUUCUUAGGUGAUGUUAGUGGCCUGUGGGGAAGAUGGUCUGUUGGUAGAAGGAAGUCAGAAUAUACAUACAGAGGGGUAAGUUUACUAAGAACAGAGAUCAGCAAACAGCUUUGCUGAGAGAAAGGAACAUCUGCAAAUGACAUGCUGUUUCUGCAGUUUCCGUUGCUAGCUGUUUUCCUCCCAGGUGGUGACAAUGCAGGCGCAGCCCCGGAACACGUCUCAUUCCAUGUUAUCCAGACCGCAUCAUUUGUCAACCAAUCCUGGGCGCAAUGUCAGGGCUCAGGAUGGCUGGAUGAGUUGCAAACUCAUGGCUGGGAGCGUGAAUCAAACAGAAUAAUUUUCCUGCAUACCUGGUCCAAGGCCAACUUCAGCAAUGAGGAGUUCUUACACCUAAACGUGUUAUUUCGUAUCUACACCAUUGGAUUAAUGCGGGAGAUUCAAGCCCAUGCCAGUCAAUAUCCCAUAGAAUAUCCCUUCGAAGUACAGAUGAAUGCAGGCUGUGAGCUGCAUUCUGGAGACAGCCCAAAAAGCUUCUUUCAGGUAGCUUUCAAAGGAGUAGAUUUACUGAAUUUCCAAAAUACUACUACAUGGGUGCCAUCUCCAGACAGUGGGAGUUUGGCCCAAAGUGUCUGUGAUCUACUGAAUCAGUAUGAAGGCAUUAAGGAAACAGUAUAUACUCUCCUAAGAAGCACCUGCCCCCGAUUUCUCUUGGGUCUCCUGGACUCGGGGAAGAUGUAUCUACAUAGGCAAGUGAGGCCAGAGGCCUGGCUGUCCAGUCGCCCCAGCCUUGGGUCUGGCCGGCUGUUGCUGGCUUGUCAUGUCUCUGGCUUCUACCCAAAGCCUGUUUGGGCAACAUGGAUGCGAAAUGAACAGGAGCAACUGGGCACUGAAUAUGGUGAUAUUCUUCCUAAUGCUGAUGGAACAUGGUAUCUUCAGGUGACCCUGGAUGUGGCAUCUGAGGAGGCUGCUGGCCUGUCUUGUCGAGUGAGACACAGCAGUCUAGGAGGCAAGGACAUCAUCCUCUACUGGGGACACCACUUUUCCAUGAAUUGGAUUGCCUUGGUAGUAGUGAUGGUGACCUUGAUGAGUCUAAUAGUCCUUGUGUUAUGGUUUAAGAAGCACUGCUCAUAUCCGGACAUUCUAUGAGACUCUUCCCUCUGACUCCCCCAUUGUAAAAAGAACCCAGCAGCUCAAGAGCCCAAGACAACAUAGUGAUGCCAUCCCUUCUACUCUCCAUUUAAAUUGUUUCUCUUUCUGCCUAAUAAACAUUUGUUACUAUAAACCAAGUUAGAGUUUAGAAUGGCUUUCUUGUAAUCUCCAUGUUUUUAAUAGCGCUCAACCUUCAAAGCCUACUUCUGAUGUCAUUUCCUCCAGCGAUCUUCCUUGACCCAUACUGAACCCAGAGAACACUUCAACUGCUAUGUGCAUGCAACAGUUCCCACCCUGUGUUGCAGCUACCUGGGUCUUUCCCCCCACAUUUUAAAGGUUUUUGGAGGAAAGAAUCGUGAUAAAUGUGCCUUUCUAGCACACGAUGUGCUCAGCGAAACACAAAACAAAACACCGUAUCUAAGUUGGAUUAACUGUCAUGCUGGCAAUUUUUCUCAUUGUAUUCCUUCUCAAUGUUGUUGUGGCAUUUGAAAUAUUGAUAAUUCUCUUUUCGUGUAAAUGCUUCAUACCUAGAAGAGGAAUUCUACUUUCCUUUAGCUCCCUCAUUUUCUCCCUAAACUCUCAAGGAAAAGUGCAGCCUUGCCCCUUGAUACACUUAUUCGCUAAUCACAGAGAGUUACAAAUACAAAUAGAAGAGUGUGCAAGUUAGGUAUGAUUAGUGGUGCAGAUAUGUCACAGAAUGCUCAAGAAAGAGGAGCAGGAGAGUUGGUCCUCAGGGUUGGGGUGGGUCAAGGGAACUGUUGCACCAUAUGUGGAAGACAAAUUUCCUAAAGGAGUGUGCUAUCUGAGAUGGCCUUAGCUAAACUUUAGCUCCUUCAGGUUUCAUUCACCAAUUCAGCUCAUAUUUUUUAGGUAUGGAUUUGAGACAGGCACAUACAGCUGCUAAACUGGCGGAGGAUAAAACAAAUGAGAUGGUGUCCACUCUCCGGGAGCUGCAAUGUUUGCUUCCUCAAUCUGUCAAUGUUUCUUUUUCAUUGUUUUCAUUUUUUUUUGUUUCUUUAAAAUAUUUAAAUAAAUUUUAUUGACAUAUAAUUUAUAGUAAAAUUUUAGUCUUUACGUGUAUAAAAUAAAGUUCCAUUAACUUUGACAAUUAUAUAAGCUCAUGUUAAUAAAAUCACAAUCAAGAUAUAAAAUUUCAUAACCCCUCAUAUCUGUUUGUCAUCGAGCACACCACCAACCUGGCGUCCUUGCAAAUACUGAUAUACUUUAUGCCACUGACGCUUAAAUGUGUAUUUUCUAUGAUCUUAUUAAGAUGGAAAUAAACAUAUAUACUUG